UUUACACUUAUCAUAUCGGUUUUAACUAUUACGGUCGCAGUUGUUUUGUUAUAUUUUAUAUACAUUUCUUGCUUAUAAAUAUUGCUGUUUAUUAUCUGAACAUAUAAGCCCCAAAGUUUGGUGGGUUAAUCCACACCCAAAAAAAAAAAAAAAAAAAAAAAAAUGCCGACAAUAAUAGCUUUAGACAUCUCAAUAUCAAUGCAAAGAGUAAUUGCAGGUAGAAGUGAAGAACUCGCUCUAACUUACCAUCAAUUGGCUUUGAAAGGGAUUUCGCAAUUUUUGGAACAUUUAGGAGCUGCAGCGAAGCUGGAAUAUGUGGCUCUAAUCACGUUCGGUAGUAGUUGUGAAUUAAAAGUAGAUUUUACUAGAGACUACGAUCAAAUAAAGCAAACAAUGAAGAAAACGGAACACGGCGAUAAAUUGUGUUUAUUAACUUUAAUGAAAACCGUGUCUAACAUAUUAACUUCGAAUUGGGGAACUCAAUCGCAGAGUCAAGUGGUCGUUUUUUCUGAUUGCGGAUUAGGCUUUGGGAAAAGUUCGAUACGCACUUUUCUGCAAAACUACAUUGGUAAAGAACUUGAUGCGGAGUUUAAUUGGUUGAAGCCUUUAAAAAUAGUUAAGUGGAAUUUCAUUUGUUUGGGCAUACAAAGUGAUGGCUAUUUUACACGAGCAGUAGCAACAUAUCAAAAAUUGUUGGACUAUACUGGUAUAAAAGGACAACUUUUUAUGCCAAGACCUAUUAAAGACAGCUCGGAUACUAAUGAAAACAAUUCCAAUGAAUUGCUAAAAAAUACUUUACCUACACACAAAAGUGAAUUGGGGCGCACUGCCAUGUUUGAAAUGGUCGAAAAGCUAUGCGAAACUAAUUUUAAACCGUUCGAAGUGAUUUUGAAAUGCGGAGGUUAUUUUCGUUUAGAGUGUCCAAUCUUAAUAUGGCCACCGCCUGCACCUUAUUAUCCAUUAAAUAAUGCUAAGAAUGCAACGCCUUUAACCUUAGCUUCAAAGCUGGAAGUUUGUGGUUACUUGUCUUUAUCCGAUAUUGGUUCACCGGCUUCUCUGAGUAGACACUUGAUUCUACCAAAAGUGGAACGUGAAAAAGUCAGUCGCCGAACAUCCGAUAAAUCUGCAAAUACAGCUAAACUAACUAGUGACAAAACUCCACGUUUGGAUGUGAAUCAGCCAAAUUAUGAAUACGAAAAAUUAGAACAAGAAAUACGUGAAUUCUACACGAAAGACGUUAAAGACUCUGAUGACGCAACACAAGCAGAGGAAUUUGAUAGUAAGACAUCUGUGAGCUGCAGCAUGCCUAGUGAAAGCCAAAAAGAAUCUGUAUGCGUAUUAUUGCAUGGAGUCCUGAAGGUAGAAAAUCUAGCAGCUUUAGUUAUUCUCAAUGAGAAUUGGUACGGAUUUUUAUUUUCGUAUGCAGAUAGCAAAAAGAAGUCUAAUCUAAUGUUAAAUAUAUUACCGCCUGGCAAUAAUGUGAUACCAUGGUUGGGCGAUAUGCAAAUGUUGGGAUUAAUUGAGGAUCUGAUGCCGAACGAGAGUUCCACUUUUCCAGUUAAAGCAGAAAAACGUUCCUAUUCUCAGAGCUGCGUUGUAUGGAUUAAUCGCGUGAGUCUUCAAUCCGAUAUACAAAAAGUUUUAAGACAUGCUAAAAAAAUGCCAGAAAAAAUGCAACAUUUUUACAAAGAAUUAAAUCGGAUACGCCGCGCAGCUUUGUCGAUAGGUUUCGUUGAAUUGCUGGAGGCAAUGGCCACUUUGUUCGAUAAGGAAGCUCUUAAUUUGGCGGCAAUAAAUGCGAAUCCUGAAUGCGCGCUCCAAUUGAAACAUGCUUCUAUAGAGUUGCGUAAACCUUCAAACAGAGAUUUAAAAGUCUCCAUAGUGCCAGUGCAAGCAGUGAAUAUGGCAUAGGCCAAGAAGGUUUAUGACCUCUAUGUGGUAUACUUUUGAACGUGAAUGUAAAUAUGCGCCUUUAAUUUAAUGCGAAAAACAUAGAUGUCUAUAGUUCAUUACGUCUGUUACUUUAUUUUAAAGAGAACUUACUUUAAAUAAAGUAAAAAAGCGUAAAAAUAUUUGUAGUUGUUGUUGUCCACUGCAACGAUUUUAAUAAUGAUUGUUUUACUCUUUGUUUUUGGCUGCGGUUAUGUAGAGGAUCAGAAAAAUGCUACGUUCGUAAAAUGCAUAGAAAAGACGUUUCCGCACUUAUUAUGUGAAAUCCUUAACGGCUAAAGACGAUGCCCUAAUUGUCGACAAUCAUUGCCCCUUCCGAUGUUUUGUUAAAUAAGAAUGACAAUGUAAUCAUACUGAUACUGAUGCUGAAAAAUCAAGCGAUGAAAAGAUAAUCGAAAAUUUUCAGCACAAAAUGCUUCUCCUCUAUAGUUUAUACUCAAAUAAAUAAAUAAAAUACAUAAGAGUUUAGCUGCGCGCUUUGAUUUCUGGAAAUAAAUCUGAGCCUUUGGAACUUGUUGUGCUAUUUUAGCUCUUACUUUGUUUAUUCCGUUUUUAAAUGAUUUGGUCAUGUGUUGUGUUGAUGCCGAUGAUGUGCAGAUGGCUUAGGCUACAACACAUUCUGUGGAAAGCGUAAAAAAGGUAAAAGAAGGGUAGGCAAGUCAAUGAGCUCCAAUCUAUUAAUAUAGAGUGGAAGAGGUAGCGCAGGAUCCCAUUCCAAACCUCGCAAAGCAAACUUCAAGAAGUUCCGUUGAACAGACUCCAAGAGAUGCACACAGAAUGUAUAACUAGGAAGCGAAACUACCGACGAGCAUUCAAGGGUUGGUGUAACUAAAGAAGGAUCUAGCUUUACUCAAUGAAACUUCUAUAUGAAUAUCAAACGUGAGUUUUGAGUCGAAAACAACUGCCAAGUCUUUAAUUGCAGACAUUUUCCAAAAGGUGCGUAUUACACUAAGCAACCUUUUUUUUGAAUUCAACACCAUAGCGUUGAUUGCAUACCAUAAACACAGGUACUCCAGGUCAGUCUGAAGAAGUUUAGUACUAUGUAUUGAGUUAAAGGGGAGGCAAAGUUUAAU